CUGCCUCAGCCUGCUGAGUGCUGGGAUUACAGGAAAAUUGGGGCGGUUACCCCCUAUAAUGCAUCAUCAACCAGCACCCUCAGAUGGCCAGACUCCUGGGGGUCGUUUCCAGAGGUCUCACCUUGGAGAGGCAUUUGCAAAAGCCAAAGGAUCAGGUGGAGGCACUGGAGGAGGUGGUGGAAGAGGCCUGAUGGGGCAAAUUAUUCCAAUCUAUGGCUUUGGGAUUUUUUUAUAUAUAUUAUACAUUCUAUUUAAGCUUUCAAAGGGGAAAACUGCAGAGGAUCGGAAAUGCUCUACCAUCACACCUGGAAACACCCACAGGAAAAUUACCAAUUUUGAGCUUGCUCAACUGCAAGAAAAACUGAAAGAGACAGAGGAAGCCAUGGAAAAAUUAAUCAACAGAGUGGGACCUAAUGGUGAGAGAGCACAGACUGUGACUUCUGACCAAGAAAAACAAUUGCUGCAUCAGCUUCGAGAAAUCACCAGGGUCAUGAAAGAAGGAAAGUUCAUGGACAGAUCCACUCCUGAGAAAGAAGCUGAGGAAGCCCCUUACAUGGAGGAUUGGGAAGGUUACCCUGAAGAGACUUACCCAAUUUAUGACCUUUCAGACUGUAUCAAGCAUAGACAAAAAACAAUCCUGGUGGAUUACCCUGACCCAAAAGAGCCCUCUGCUGAAGAAAUAGCUGAAAGAAUGGAAGUGCUGGAAGAAGAACCAGACCAUGUGGGUUGGGAACGUCUGCCCACUGACCCUAGACCCCAAAAAGAUAAUCCUGUUACCUCGUGUGACCCAAAGCCAGAAACAUGUUCCUGCUGUUUUCAUGAAGAAGAUGAUCCUGUUGUCUUGGCAGAGAAUGCUGGAUUCAGUGCAGAUAGCUACAGUGAUGAACAAGAGGAAACCAACAAAGACCAGACCCAAGAUUUUAGAGAGGAAGAGCUGGGCACCAGCGCCGAUACGACAUGGAUAGGCGGCAUGCUGAGGAAGCGUAACCUCCAGGGUGUAGAGUGAAACAGCCAGUUUGGUGAAGUACCCAUUACUCUAGUCCCAAGGUGACCUUGCUCUCCUUUUCGAUUUCAUCCUUGGCCCUGUGCCCUGUACUUCCUUCUCUGUGUUCAAAUAUCAUAGCUGUUGGGCCACUACCAGGGAUAUCAUGUAUCCUUCCUGGUGCUCAUACAUCUGUCACCUUGUAAAACACAGACAUUAGUGUGAACACAAGAUAGCUUCAUUCUCUCAUUUGUCUUUCCCCCACCAAGACGUUGAUACAUUGAGUAAUUAUACUGGGUCUGUCAUAAUCACAGAUGGGACCACUCAGGCAAAGGCCUGACUCUUCCUCCUCGGAGUAACAGACAGUUUACCUGUGAACCAACAGCUACUUACAGAUGAGGAGGAUUUAAGGCUGCAAGUGAAGAUUUCAGACUCUAAAAUAUCUUUUUGUUUGAGGCUUGAACAGGUUAAUGGCUUCCUGGGGAGAAAAUUCUUUGUGGGCAUGAUGGGUACAGAGCAGGGGUAAGACCCUGCAGACUGAACUGAAGCCCCUUUCUCUUGCUGAAGGUCUUUCUAGAACCACUAGAAACCACUGAUGAGGUUUCCGAUAUCCUCUUUUCUCCAGGGCAGAAGACACCUACUCACCUGAAGAUGAGCACAGAGCUGUUUGGAAAUUGUUUUGCUCUGAUAGUGUCUGGAUCUGUAGCUUCUGUUAUCCUUGUUUUGCUUAACAGAACUGCCAAAUCCAGAAGCACCUUUGGUCUUCAGCAGCCAGGGGAAGCUUUAGACACUUUCGUCCCUGCCCUGGAGGGCCACUGUUUGAAGCUGUUGAAGACAAGGGUGUGUUGUGAUCCUACUGUGAGCAGCUCAGGCCAAGGAGCCUGCAAUAGGGGAGAGAAGCUGUGCACAUAACUAAACCUAGACGCUCUUUGUAAUGUUGUGCCAGUCAGGAAACUGGUUCUCACAUCCAUGUGACUUGAAACAGAAAUAAGGGCUGAGUUUAGAUAACAAAGUGGCACCACAAGGUAGUUGCUGUGUUUCUUACAGAGGCAACAUUGGUGCUCAGGGGAAAGAAACCAUGUAUUCUGUAUUUCAGUACUUGGGCUUUUUGAGAAAGUUGGGAAGAGUAGGAAAUAAACAGGGACUGGGAGGAUUUUGACCAAGCUAAAGCCCUUUCUACGCUAUCAUUUUUCAUGUGUUUUCAUAGGACGAGGUGGCACCUAUGAAGUCUGUCUAACAUGAAGGAUGAGCAAAUUCAGUUCACACGUUAAGACCCGAGUUUAAAGAGGGCAUGUUUCUAAGGACAUUCCCAGUCAUGAAAUGGGGAAGACUCCACAAUUAAGAAAUUACGUGAAGAUAGAUGUAGCUUUUAGAGUUUCACUGUGCUGGUCUGUGAUGUCAGAAACAUAGCUAAAACCACACAUCUAAGUAUAUAAACUGUUGUCAGAAGGUAUAGGAUAAUACUAAGAUAAUCUAUCAGCUGCUAAGAGGUGUUACUUGUUAACUAAAGGGAAAAGUCAAUGAACAUUGAGUCUGCAAAAAAUAUACUGCAUCACAUUUAUCUCUGGGGAACGUUUGAUUCAUAUUGUAAAGACUGCACUUAAAAUGUACUGAAUGCAAUACAGGCAUAAUGUUAACACUAAAGGUGAAAAAUUAUAUAAGUAAUCUUCACUGUUUUGAUAAA